CUGCCCUAAUCUAACCUCUGUAGCAUAGCAAUCCAUCUCACAUCUAUAGUAACAGUAGCAUUACCACCAACAGUGGACUCUGCACGAAAAACCCCUCAACGAACACACACACACACAGACCCUGGAUUCCACUCUCAGUCCCUCCUGGAUCAUAGGAUAGAGAUUGAAUCUCUCUUUCUCACUCACACACACACAGAGCAGAAUCCAAAUCAAGGGCAAUGUCGGCGACAUCUAGGGUUUUCAGGGGGUGUAGGGCUUUGCUGGAGGCAGCGAAGGCUGGGACCGGGACCUCCAAGCCCUCUGCCUCUACUUCCAAGAAGACCACUACGACCAAAUCCAAACCAAAACCAAAACCAAGGUCAAAAUCGCCGGUCUCUCCACCGAAGCCCCGUCCACCACCGACUCGACCCACCGGCAUUAUGAAGUCCGCCCCUCUGUCACCGGCGCUCGGGAGCUUCCUCGGCGUCCACGAGACUUCUCGUUCUGAUGCUGUCAAAAAGAUCUGGGACUAUAUCAAGCUGCACAAUCUCCAGAAUCCCACAAAUAAGAAAGAGAUUUAUUGUGAUGCCAAGCUGAAGACAAUCUUUGAAGGGCGGGACAAGGUGGGGUUUUUAGAGAUCGGGAAGUUGCUAUCCCCUCAUUUUGUGAAGACUAACUGAUUCCAAUCAUGAAAUCAACUGUUAGUGUUUUAGUGUUCAAUUAAUGCCCCAGCCCUCUGUUGAGCAAGCUCUUGUAACUCUUGAAUCCUUUGUUGUUAUUAGACUGACGUUUAUGUUUGAGAGUAAACUCUUUGGGGUGGGUCUGUAAUUUUUUAUGUUAUCAGUUGGACAAUCUUGUAAAAAGUAGGCUGGUGCAGAUUAGAAAAAAGGCUCUUUCAUGUGGUUCAUUGAUAUUAGUUUAGCUUUUGUGAGUGAUAUCCAUUUUAUAACAACACUGGUUAUUGUUGAUGCAA